AUGUCGUCCAACGCGGCCGAACAGCCUCAAGCGGUGGUUUCGUCCUCGGACAAGGAUGCCCCGGCCCAGCCCGAGUUGCCGCCCCUGACGCCGGCCGAGUUCAAGGUCUACAACCAGAUGGCGGAAAAGAUGGAAUAUUUUCACAACCACUUUCGCCGCCAGUGGACGCUCCUCCACGACGCCGCCACGACCGGCCGGCGCCCGCAGAACAUGACGCUCAAGCAGUUCCUCGACACGGGCCUGCAGUUCGCGCAGCACCUGACGGCGCACCACGGCAUCGAGGAGACGUACGUGUUCCCCAUGCUCGCGCGCCGGAUGCCCGAGUUCCGCGCCGGCCGCGCCGAGCUGCUGCGCCAGCACAAGGAGAUCCACCGCGGGCUCGACGGCUUCGAGGAGUACCUCGGCCGGUGCCGGUCGCGCGAGACGGAGCUCGAGCUGGCCGUGCUCAAGGAGAAGAUGGACAGUUGGGGCGGCGUGCUGUGGACGCACCUCGACCAGGAGGUCAAGACGCUGGGGGCCGAGAAUAUGCGGCGGUACUGGACCAUGGAGGAGGUCAGGAACAUGCCCAUGUGA